GUUUGGGUCUUCCAAAUCUCUCUCCCCCCCUCUGGUUUAUGCCUUUCCGAUGCGGUUGGGCGGUAUAUUCCUCGGUUCGAUUCUCUCACCAACACAGUGAUCUUCACCACGUAAUAUUUACUCACAUAGAGAGAGAAAGAUAGAGAUAGAGAGAGAGACCCACAAAACUACAGUGUCUAAUUUAUUCACUUCUUUGCAACCCAAAAAAAUCCCAGUGUGUGAUACUUUUCUGUGAUGAUUGGAUCUCUCCACGGCUCAUGAUAUUUGGUGGGGGGUUUGUGAGUGGCUACUUCAUCUGGUUUCUCUUCGUGAUAAAGAUGGUGAUGAUGAUGGUGGAAUAGGAGUUCUUAGAACUUCUCUAAGAGUUUUCUUUCAGAUGGAUCUCUCGUAAUGUUUUGAUGCCUGAAUGAGAAGGUCUACUAACAUGGAAUAGACUAAAUUGAGCCUUUCAAGGGCCAGACUACUAGCAUUUUUACUUGAGAUCGACUUGUCAAAAAGAUCUUAAGGAAUCUGACUCUUGACAUCUACUGACAUUGUAAAUAUUGUUAACAUUGGGAGUAAUUUUAGUAGGGUCUCAAGUUGUAGAGAUUCUAUAAUUCCAUAGUGGGAGGAAUACUAUUGUUAUGGAGGAAGUUGUUUCGAGUCACAGCCAAAAGCAGAACUUGCAACCAGCUGUUCAUAGGAAUUCAUUUUGUGGGACCAAGAAAGAUCUGUGGCUUGUUGUACGAGAGGGUUCUGUGGCCAAUGUGGAUUUGGCUUUGGCAUUGCUGAAGAAGGGUGGGGGGAAUAUCAAUGCCAGGAACAUGUUUGGUCUCACUCCUCUUCAUGUUGCUAUAUGGAGAAAUCAUAUACCUAUUGUGAAAAGGCUACUCGCAGCUGGUGCAGACCCUAAUGCCAGGGAUGGAGAAUCGGGAUGGACUAGCCUUCACAGAGCUCUGCAUUUUGGUCAUCUCGCGGUGGCAAGUAUUCUAAUUCAGUCUGGUGCUUCUACCACCGUGGAAGAUUCUAAAUACCGAACUCCUGUUGAUCUACUCUCAGGGCCUGUCUCGCAAGCUUUGGGGAAUGGAGAUAAUUCAGUGGCAACGGAAGUUUUCAGCUGGGGAAGUGGGGUGAACUAUCAACUUGGAACUGGCAAUGCUCACAUUCAGAAGCUACCAUGUAAAGUUGAUGCCCUUCAUGGUUCAUUUAUCAAAAUGAUUUCUGCUGCAAAGUUCCAUAGCGUAGCUGUCACUGGUAAAGGAGAAGUCUACACUUGGGGAUUUGGAAGGGGUGGCCGCCUUGGGCACCCUGACUUCGAUAUUCACAGCGGUCAAGCUGCUGUUAUUACUCCCCGACCGGUGACUUCUGGUUUAGGGGCUCGAAAGGUUAAGGCAAUUGCAGCAGCUAAACAUCACACUAUUGUUGCAACGGAGGGUGGGGAAGUUUUCACUUGGGGUUCCAAUAGGGAGGGUCAACUAGGCUACACGUCUGUGGAUACCCAACCCACACCUCGAAGGGUGAGUUCGCUGAGGUCAAAAAUAGUAGCUGUUGCUGCAGCAAACAAACACACUGCUGUUGUGUCCGAUUCUGGUGAGGUUUUCACAUGGGGAUGCAAUAAAGAGGGUCAGCUUGGUUAUGGUACAUCUAAUUCUGCUUCAAAUUACACUCCAAGGCUGAUUGAGUACUUGAAAGGCAAGGUUUUCGUUGGAGUUGCUGCUGCAAAAUAUCACACAAUUGUCUUGGGAGCAGAUGGAGAGGUAUUCACAUGGGGUCAUCGACUUGUUACUCCAAGACGUGUUGUCAUUGCUAGAAAUAUCAAAAAAAUAGGGAACACUCAGUUAAAGUUUCAUCGUAAGAAACGGCUUCAUGUGAUUUCUAUAGCUGCUGGAAUGGUACAUAGCUUGGCUCUGACCGAUGAUGGGGCUUUGUUUUACUGGGUGUCAUCAGAUCCUGACCUUCGAUGCCGACAGCUAUAUUCGCUAUGUGGAAGCGCGAUAGUAAGCGUUUCUUCUGGGAAGCACUGGACUGCUGCAGUUACAGCAACAGGCAGCGUUUAUAUGUGGGAUGGGAAGAAAGGAAAGGAUGAGCCACCAAUUGCAGCUCGCUUACAUGGCUUCAAGAGGGCUACUUGGGUUGCAGUUGGAGAAACACAUCUUUUGAUUAUUGGUUCUCUCUACCAUCCCGUCUAUCCUCCUAGUGUCGUGCAUAGUCCUCAGAAGCUCAACGAAAAAGUUACGUGCGAAUUGGAUGAAUUAGAGGAAGAUUUUAUGUUUAACGACGUGGAUUCCGAUAGAAUACUAUCUACUGUGCAAAAGGAUGAUGUUAGGUGCGGGUCCAUCCCGACCUUAAAAAGCCUGUGUGAGAAAGUAGCAGCAGAUUUUUUAGUGGAGCCACGAAAUGCUAUGCAGCUUCUUGAAAUUGCAGAUUCACUGGGAGCAGAAGAUUUAAGGAAGCACUGUGAGGAUAUUGCUCUUCGCAAUCUCGAUUAUAUCCUAACAGUUUCAGGUCACGCCAUUGCCGGCGCUUCAGUGGAUGUGUUAGCCCAUCUUGAGAAAUUGCUGGAUUCACGGUCAUCGGAACCCUGGAGUUACCGCCGGCUCCCAACCCCAACUGCUACUUUUCCGGUCAUUAUUAACAGCGAGGGAGAGGAUAGUGAAAGUGAACUUCAGACUCGUGACAACCAUACGAAAAAACUAACUUUGAAAAAAGAGAGGAACCACAGGUUGGAUUGCUUUCUACAACCCCAAGACAACGAUGUGAACAAACAAGUGCGUGCUCUGAUGAAAAAGUUGCAGCAGAUUGAGAUGCUUGAAGAGAAGAAGUCUAAGGGGCAUACUCUUGACGACCAGCAACUUGCAAAGCUCAAUACAAAGUCGGCUUUGGAGAGUUCACUUGUUGAGCUUGGUGUUCCCACUGAGGCAAUUCAGGAGAAAGUAUCUUCUUCAGUACUUUUGGAUGGAAAAGGGAGUAGAAAGUUUGAGGCAUCCAAAAAACAGAGGAGAAAGAGCAAACAGAAGGGAGCACAAGUCGAAGCAGAAUCUGUUAGUUCUGGUGUGGAUCUAGAACGGAAUCGCUUGAAGGACUUCUUAGAUGUGCAAAUGUCCCAAGUCGAGGAUAAGGAUGAAGAGGCAGAGGUUAAAGGAAUGGUUGCCGACCAAGUUUCCAAAGAGUCUUCCUUUUGCAUUAAAAAAGGGGUUGAAGACACUCCAAAGAAUAGGAGUUCAUUACCGAAAGAAUCCAAGAAGAAGAACAAGAAAGGUGGGCUUUCUAUGUUCCUGAGUGGGGCUCUAGACGACAUUCCCAAUAAAGAUUAUGCUCCACCACCAUCACCAGUGCCUAAAAGCGAGGGCCCUGCUUGGGGUGGCGCUAAAAUUGCCAAAGGAUCCACCUCUCUCCGUGAGAUCCAAGAUGAGCAGAACAAAACCAAGGAGAUUCGACCCACUAAGAGCAAAGGCCAGGUGGAAGAUGUUUCCGAUCGUAAAAGUGUUGGGAAAAUUCACUUGAGUUCAUUUUUGCCUUCCAAUCCAAUUCCCGUCGUCUCGGCUCAUACGUCACAGGUGUCGGAUGGAGAUAGAAGCACCCCUCCUUGGGCUGCUUCGGGGACCCCACCUCUUGUUUCUCGGCCAUCUCUCAGGGACAUCCAAAUGCAACAGCAUGGAAAACAACUUCAGAGCCUCUCCAGUAGUCCCAAAGCAAGAACAACUGGAUUCUCCAUCACUACUGGUCAGGGCUCACCUUCGGAUUCUGCUAGUUUGAACCGCUGGUUUAAACCGGAGGUUGAUACACCCUCUUCAAUCCGUUCGAUUCAGAUUGAGGAAAGGGCUAUGAAGGAUCUUAAGCGCUUUUACAGCAGCGUUAAGAUUGUGAAAAACCAGUCCUAAGAAAACCAUGGGGCUGCUGUCUGGUUCCAAUUAACGCACUUGGUUUUUCCUUCUUUACUUCUAUUUUUUUCCCCCUUCUGGGUCUUUCUGUACAUUGACCGUAGAUUCAUGUACAUUCACCUCUUUAGUUUAUAUGAAGUAGAUAUUUUUUUGUUUUUUUUGUAAAGGAGAGAUUACCGAGUAGGUGCGCUUUAAUCUCUGAAUGAGGAAUUUUUUUGAAUGGGUCA